CAUUUUAGGGGCAGUAAGACCCAGCGCGGGCCCGAGGAACAGCUGCUCAGCGCCGCGCACCCGUCCUGCUGCCAACCAGUAUGAGCGAGGCGGCGGAGACCAGCACUGCUAGCGGCACGGCGCCCGCCGCAGCUGCCCCCGCGCCACCGCCGCCCCCUGCUGCCGCCCCUCCGGACGUCAAGCCCAAGAGCCCCGUCAGCAGCGCCGCGCCGGGAGCAUCGGGCGGCGAGGUGGCACCCGCCGCGUCCGGCUCCACGGCCGCUACCGCCGCUACCGCCGCCGCAGGGGAGACGGAGAAGAAAGUGCUCGCAACAAAAGUUCUUGGCACGGUCAAGUGGUUCAAUGUCAGAAAUGGAUAUGGCUUUAUCAACAGAAAUGAUACCAAAGAAGAUGUGUUUGUUCAUCAGACUGCUAUAAAGAAGAACAACCCACGGAAGUAUCUGCGCAGUGUUGGUGAUGGAGAGACUGUAGAAUUUGAUGUGGUCGAGGGAGAGAAGGGUGCAGAAGCAGCUAAUGUCACUGGGCCAGAUGGAGUUCCUGUAGAAGGCAGCCGCUAUGCUGCAGACCGGCGCCGCUAUCGACGUGGCUAUUUUGGCAGACGCCGUGGGCCACCUCGAAGUGGUGUUGAGGGAGAAAUCAAGGAUGGGGUUACGGAAGGAGGACAAAUUCAUCAGCAAGUCCAAAGGAAUCCUACUUAUCGUCCCCGCUAUCGCAGAGGGCCCCUGCGUCCACGCCCUGCCCCGGUCACUGGAGAGGCUGAGAACAAAGAGAACCAGCAUGAGGCCAGCGCUGUGAGUCAGCAGCCACUUCGCCGUGGGUAUAGGCGCCCAUACAACUACCGGCGUCGGCCUCGUCCGCCCAACACACCAGCUCAGGAUGGGAAAGAGACAAAGGUGGCUGAAACACCUGCCGAAAAUCCUGCUCCAGUGACUGAGCAGAGUGGUGCUGAGUAAUGUCAGGUUCUGCAGGCACCUCUACUAUCCCUCAGGUGUCCUAAAAUAUAACUCAGAAAUAACACCAAAGAAACAUUCAAGCAAUAAAUAAGCAACAGUGAUGAAAGCAAAGAUUCAAAACAUCAGAACUAAAAGCAGGAGGAAAAAAAAAAAAAAAAUACCAGCAGCUGAGAUCCAGGGAACGCCUGCAAGACAGAUGCAUAAAGAGUGAGAUUUGGAAAGAGCAACCUCCCCAGUUUCAAGAGCAACUGUGGGUUUUUUCUUGUUUAGAAUUUCAAUGUUUCACUAGUGUUGAAUUUUUUCAGUUUUUCUUUUGGUAUCAAACUGAAAAGGGGAAAAUACCCAAUGAAAGAACUGAAAUAGAAAUCAAAUGCUUUUCUUUAUUGGAUGCUGGUGCUAGACCUCCCAGGUGUGUUGAGUAUUUUUUUUUUCUGUGCCAGUCCUGUUCACUUCAGGACAUGGGGAGGAGAAAUUUCAGCUUUCCUUGGUAAGAUCUAUUUGAAACUGUGCAGCAUGGGUGACGUUCCUUGCAAAUAAAAGUGAUUUCAACUACCAAAACCAAUCCA